AUGGUUAGAGCCAUGGUUAGAACAGUGCCUUACUACAAUCGACGGCUUACCACGAGGAGGGCGUCGCCUCCGACCGACGAUGAAAGUAUCUCGUCGGAGGCGGAGAAUACUUCACCACGUGGGUCGCCGGUUAACCGCAGUGAAAAUCGCGUCAAUCGACGUGUUGUCACUGCGCAGAACACGACGGGCCGAAGGCGUCGUGGAAAUCUGCCGAAGGAGGCAGUUAACAUUCUAAAACGGUGGCUGAGCGACCACAAAUUCAACGCCUAUCCAAACGACGUUGAAAAGGAAACGCUCAGUCACCAGACCAGCCUUACCAUAAUGCAGGUGUGUAACUGGUUUAUAAAUGCUAGACGACGCAUUCUUCCUGGAAUUCUGAAAGAGGCUGGUGAGGAUCCAAAUCGUUACACGAUAUCACGUCGUACUCGUCGUGUAAACUCCAGCAGCCCUCUUCGGCAUGGACGAAGAACGCCUCUUGAACCGAUUGAGGACGACCCACCGGCACAAUUCAACAUAAAUUUUCCGCAACGUGGAUUGGAAGAACCCAUAUAUCGAAGCGAGGACUGUCCGAACGAUUACGAAAGCAGUUUGAACGACUACCACAGCGAGGAAGAACAUCCUUCGAUACGAUGGCCCAAUGUAAUCGUUCGUCCUUACGCUGAGGCUCAAGUCGAGCAAUUAGAUGGCGACACUAUUUCUCAUCCGCUUAACCCUUCCAAUGUGGAGAAUUCUGAGAGUACCCGCGAAGAACCUGCUGCAUACUGGAGCGCACCUCGUGAGCAUUUGGUAUCGCCUGUCGUUCAACAGCACAUCGUAUAUCGUGGCCUGUCAACGCGAAGUCUUGAAAACGCUUAUGUUCACGAACACAAUGGUGAUUCAUUCAAUAUGCUCGUCGAACUUGCGGUAAAUUUACCUUAUGCAAUCUCAUUACCCAACACGCCUUCACCAGAGUCUCGUCUCUCGACGUCUUCCCCAUAUUCGUCACCGUCUUCUGUUCCGUCUUCUCUUCCAUCAACGGAAGAACCUUUACACUCGAGAGAUACGUCGGUAUCGUAA